UGCUAGACAAGACAAAUGCUACAGUGUAUUGUUGUGGCUUUCUUUUUGUCGACUAUCAACAGUAGCCAGCACAUUGCUAGUAUGUUCACUAUUGAAGGUUUACUUUUGUAAAUUACUUUCCCAAAAUAAAAAAAAAGCUCAGCGAGCAGAUUGAUGGGCGCUUCUUUUUGCUCAGGACAGCUUGCAUGUGCUUUGUGAACGUAUCAGCUUCUGUACUGCUCGAGUGCUCGAGAAGUCACUCGUGGGGGUGUAGUGGUGCUCAAAUACAAAUAGCACAGCGCUUCUGCAUGUAGUCUUCAGUGGUUUUCUAUAGUAGACUGCGACAGAGCAGGUAAAUGUUGAACUGGACCCCAGAAAAUGCACUGAGAACUGGCCGGGUUGCUGCUGCUAUCUUUGAAAGUGGUGAGAAGUAUUGGGCAAAUGCGGUCUUGCAACAUGUUUCCGGCGCUCUGAUUGAAAGGGUCCAUCUGUGAUUGCUUCAUAAUUUUUUUAAACUUUUAAAUUAUUUAAAUAAAACACCCAUUGAUGUUGAUCAUCUUGAAGAAUUUAACUUAUAUUUAAAAAAUAAUAAUAAUAAUGAGCUUAGUCCAAUUGUCAUACCAUCAGAACCCCACCUAUUUAUUUGUUCAACUCAACUGUUUGAAAACAAUGUAAUUUUUUAACAAACACUGUUUAGCCUCUGAAUAUGUGACUCGUUUCAAGAAGCUAGGCACAUGUCGCACAUCACUACUUCACAGGAGAGGCAUUUGAACAUAAUUUUUAAAUGUUUUAUCAAAAUUAAAUGCAUGGUGGCUAGGUUUGACAAUCUGUUUGUAUUGUAGCUAUGUGAUUUUUUAUUUUGUGUUAUUGACUGUACGUUUGUUUAUUCCAAGCGUAACUCUGUGUUGUUGUUUGUGUCACACUGCUUUAUCUUGGCCAGGUCGCAGUUGUAAAUGAGAAAAUGUAAAUGAGCCUCAUCAGUCUCCUCUGGCCAACUUGGAGUAGGUUACACAGUGAGAGUGUGCAUAACUGUACACGCUGCACUGCUUUCAAUAUCUGGGAACGAUCUACAUCGGGCAGGAGCAUGCCUUGGAUGAAUGAGACCGAGAGAAAGCAACCCCCCAGUACCACCUCAUCUCACUGAAGAGCGAUGAAGGCAAGACUGAGGAGUACAGCACAGCACCAUGGUCUAAGAGAGAGGCAACAUGAAUGAGUAGUGUCGAGGGCAGGUGGGUCACGAGAGGAGUCACAUACAUACACUUAUACAUGAUCAUAUACAAACGCUUAAUCCGGUUAAGAACUUGCUGUUUGCUCACUCCACAGCUAGCUUGAAAUGUUGUGGAUGGAGCCAUCCAAUUGGUACCUUUUGGGUGUUUCAGACUAUUGAUAUGUUGUCAUGGAGGACAGUUGUUUGUUUGCAAGCAGAGGAUCGCUGGUUUGUGCCCAGUGUGGGACAGGGACAGUGGAGGAAGAUAUACUGGUUUGUGCCCAGUGUGGGACAGUGGAGGAAGAUAUACUGGUUUGAGACCAGUGUGGGACAGGGACAGUGGAGGAAGAUAUACUGGUUUGAGACCAGUGUGGGACAGGGACAGUGGAGGAAGAGAUACUGGUUUGAGACCAGUGUGUGACAGUGGAGGAAGAUAUACUGGUUUGAGACCAGUGAGGUACAGGGACAGUGGAGGAAGAUAUACUGGUUUGCAUUAGCACUAGUUUAAUCAGGUGUGUCAGCUGUGGCUGGGGAAAAAGUGUGACACCGAUGAGGCCCCUGAGUACCACGAUGAGGAUGACCAAAAGAAGAUGGAAUCAACAGACUCGACACAAGAUCAAGCGUCAUCUUAUACAACAUGUUUCCCAAACUCGAUCCUGGCCAAAGAGUAACAAAUACGGCGACAAUCAAGAUGCAAAGACGUGAGACCAUUCUGUGUGCAUUUCUUGUCCUCUUUGGACAACUGUCUGAAUCCAGUGGAAUUUCAGUAAUGGGUUCAGAAAAGAGAGGUUGGACACUGAAUAGUGCAGGAUACCUCCUUGGGCCAUAUGCACAACGAACACUGACUGUGAGACAUAGACCCCUACUGGGCAAAAGGAGUGUUUGGGAAGAUGAUGUGAAACCAUUCCAAAACAGUGAAUACAAGUCUGUCAUCGAUGACGCCUACGUUCAAGCUUUUCUGGACUUCAUUACUUACUUACGUCUGAAAGAGAUUGGAGAGAUGGAGGAUUUGAGCACCCAUUAUCUUGCAGAAACGAAGUCAUAAUAAGAAAUCAGUACUCCUCUCCUAUUGUCAAAAGAUAAUUUUCCACCUCCACCUGUUCCCAUGGUACUCAACUGCUUUUUCAAUGGUAUGACAAAACAAUGUAAAUAAACUUACUUUCUAUCA